AUUCCACUCUCAUCUCCUCCUGAGCCGACUGUCUCUUCAUCCUCCAAGCAUUACCCGAGUCUCACGUCAUCCUCCAAAGUCCUCCUCAGUCUCCUCUUCUCAGGUCCUUAGACAGUUCUUCGUCUUCCUUCGUCACCUCAGCAUCAUGAACACCUACGUUGUUGUGGCUAUGUUGGCCAUGGUGGCUCUGACUGUCGCCCGCCCCGACACCAUCCUUGACUUUGAGGGUGACCAACAGCAGCAAACACAGACGGGCAAAGGCGGCGAGAAGGUCGAGGGCUCCUACAGCUGGACGUCUCCUGAAGGGGAGGAGUUUUACGUCAAGUAUGUGGCUGACGAACACGGUUACCGCGUCGUGGAGUCCAACGCCGUCCCCAUCAGCUCCUGGGGCGCCAAAGCUGACGGUAACCAGGGCUCCUUCGUCGACUACGAGAGCGAGGGAGGGGCCAAGCAGUGACGUCCUCCGGCAGUUCCUAAGAUGACCCUGAAGAAGGAAGUCCUGUGAGGAGGGGCAGCUGGUGAGAGACCCACUCUUCGCCUGACUCGCCCCCCACCUGGUCUGACAUUUUGUAAUAUAUUAUUAGCAGUUGUGCUUUGAGACGGUGAUGAGUUAAAUUAUUUGUGCAUCUGCUUCAAUGUUUCCAUAUUGCUUUGUACUUUGUUCUAGCAGCGAAUAAAUAACUCUUGAAGAAA